UUUUUUUUGUUUCUCAUAUUUUCCCGUUUUUGGAUCCGACCCCAACUUACGAAAAUUUUCUCACCAAUUUUGAUUAAUUUCCGGCGACAACAAUGGGGCAGCAGCAACAACGUCCAAUCUCAAACCGUCCCAUUUCAUUUCUAAACCGCAACGGUCUUUUCCUCCUCCUUCUAGCUCUCUUGGUUCUCCUCGGUGUAUGCUUACCUUUGUCAGAGUUUCCCUUAUUCAUGUUUCCAAACAGAACCUCAGCUUCUUCUCCUCCUCCUUCUCCUUCUUUUGUGGUCUCUGACUGGCGUGACUAUACCCUUGCUCAGGCGGCCAAGUUUGUGGCUAAGAAUGGGACGGUGAUCGUCUGCGCAGUUAGUUAUCCUUUCUUGCCUUUUCUCAACAACUGGCUGAUUAGCAUUUCUAGACAGAAGCAUCAUGAAAAAGUUCUCGUGAUCGCUGAAGAUUAUGCUCUUCUGUACAAAGUUAACGAGAGGUGGCCUGGUCAUGCCGUUCUCAUUCCUCCAGCGUUGGAUCCUAAAGCCGCACACCAUUUUGGUUCCCAGGGUUUCUACAAUCUUACUUCUCGGAGACCACAACAUCUCUUGGACAUUUUGGAGCUAGGUUACAAUGUUAUGUACAAUGAUGUUGAUAUGGUCUGGCUACAAGAUCCGUUUAAGUAUUUACAGGGAAGCCAGGACGUAUACUUCAUGGAUGACAUGACUGCGAUUAAGCCUUUAAAUCACUCUCAUGGUUUACCACCGAGUCGAAACGGAGUGACUUAUGUAUGUAGCUGCAUGAUUUUCUUGCGUUGCACUAGUGGUGCAAAGCUUCUAUUGAAGAAAUGGGUGGAAGAAAUUCGAGCUCAGCCUUGGUCUAACACUGAAGCAAAGAAACCACAUGAUCAACCUGCUUUUAAUCGGGCACUUCACAAAAUAACUCAGAUAGAUGUCUACUUGCUUCCACAAUCAGCUUUCCCGUCAGGAGGAUUGUACUUCAAGAACCAGAAAUGGGUUAAUGAGACAAAUGGAAAACAUGUGAUAGUUCAUAAUAAUUACAUUGUCGGCUACAAAAACAAGUUGAAACGCUUUCAAGAUUUUGGUCUGUGGCUAGUCGAUGAUCAUUCUCAUGAGUCACCACUGGGAAAAAUAGAGUUAGUCCAAGAGGAAAAUAAUGAAUGAGAAGAAACAGAAGGAAAGAGGUUUAAACGAAAAUAGGAGUCAAAAACGGAACUUCCUCUAGAGGAUUUCUUAUAUACAACAAAAUUGGAUCUUAAAAUUAUUGCUCGAAGAUGUAUUCAGAUACAAUUUUUUUUGCUAUGACA